UUUAAUUAUUAUUUGAAAUUUUGAGUGUUUAAUAUUAACAUGCCACGAAAUAAGUGUAGCAAAGUCGAUAAAGACAAAAUUCUACUUAUGAAUACUAUAAAGUCUAGAUUAAUAAAAAUCAGUAUGACAGUCGAUAACUAUAUUUACAAACAAAAGACGGUUAGUAUCACACAGGCGAAAACUUACCUCGAUGAAAUAUCUUCUUAUGAGCCCCAGUGUGAUGGGAAUGCCCAAUAUCUUCAGGUAAUAGAAAAACUGACAAGAUUUAUGAAUUCUAUAAUAUCUGAUAAAGAUUCUAUUAUAGACAAUAGUAUUAACGACAAAGUUCAUAAUAGUAUAGAAGUGGAAACUACGGAUAAUAAAGAACAUGAAAUUAAUACUACGUUACCUAUUUCUGAAGUGUCUAAUAAAAAAGAUAGAAACGAAUACUCAAUUCCCAACGAAAAUCAAUGUGAUUUAACGCAUUUGAGUAAAAAGGGUACCGAGGAUUUACCAUAUUCUAACAGAAACGUAAACAUGGAAGUAGGAGAUAUGAUUAUACCUGAACAUGCAAACACUAACAUUCAUAACUCACAAACUUCAACUCGAGAUAUAUUAAUUAAUGCAGUUAAAACUUUAGAAAUAACCUCUACCGGACCUUUAGAUUUAAGAAAGUCAGUUUACAAUAAAUCAUUUAUUUAUAGUCAAGGGCAAAUUAUUUCAAACAAAACGACGCUAAAACCCGUUGUAAAAGCCGAUAAACCGGAAAGAGUUAGUAAGUGCGACGUUUUACAGAAAUUCAAUCAGCUAAAGAUUAAUAAAGCAGCUUAUAUACAAGACGAACCUAACAAUAAAGACAAAUAUAAUAAAUCUAUGAAUAAUGAAUAUGUUAAUUCAAAAACAAAUAUAAGGAUUUUACAAGAUCAGCCAUUGAAAACUCAAGUUGGUACAAAUGUAGAAUAUAUCCAGCCUAGUGAUUUUAACAUAAUAUUAAAGCCUCAAAACAAAACGGCUGAAAGUUCCAAAAACGACGCAACAUUUAUUGCUGAAGGGAAACCAAAAGAAACAGCACAUAAACUUGAAACAAAACCUGACAUAUCUAUUCAAUAUUGUACACAUAAUGUAAUAACAAAAAAUAAAAAUAAUGCAGAUGAAAGAAAGAAUCUGCCUGAGAAACCAAAGAAUAAACGAAAGACUAACAAACAAUCAGAGGUUAAGGAAAAAACAAUAAAAACUGUAGAAAACAACGCCAAAAAAGUAAAGAGAGUAAAUAAAAGUUGCGAAACAACGAAAGCUAAGAAAUCAAAAUCUAAACAAAAUGUAAAAAACAAUAUAAACAUUGAUUUAUCUUGGUUUGAUAAUAUCAAAUUCAUACGACAAGUCGACGAGAAUGAAUAUUUCAAAAUAAAACAUUCAAAUCGUUUUUAG